CGAGAGCCAGCUCCGACAGCCCAAGCCCCCGUCUUUAGCCAGGACUUGUGCUACAGCUUUACUUCCAACAAGCGACAGAGGCAAGGAAUACCAGCAGCCUCAACCUCCCUCCCCCCCGUUUGCCUUCUAGGGGCGCCAGGAGGGGGCAAGAAGCGGAUAGGUCCGGUGGAGCAACGUGGAAAUGAGCAGCCCCGAUGCUGGAUACGCCAGCAGCGACGACCAAGCGCAAGGACGGUGCUCGCUCCCUCCCCUCAUGAUGCAGUGUCAGUGGACAGAGUCGCUGAGCCCCCUGACAGACGGCAAGAUCAAGGGCGAGGCGGCGGCGGCGGAUCAAGUGCAGCAGGGAGGGCCGGCCCGGGCCAAAGGGGAAGCCCGCAUCCGCCGCCCCAUGAACGCCUUCAUGGUCUGGGCUAAGGACGAGCGCAAGCGGCUGGCGCAGCAGAACCCGGAUCUGCACAACGCCGAACUCAGCAAGAUGCUGGGUCAGUCGUGGCGGGCGCUGACCCAGGACGAGAAGCGACCCUUCGUGGAAGAGGCGGAGCGGCUGAGGCUGCAGCACAUGCGGGACCACCCCAACUACAAGUACCGGCCGCGGCGCAGGAAGCAGGUGAAGCGUCUCAAGCGCGGCGAUGGCGUGGCCGACGGAGGGAGCGGCUUCCUCGCAGUUCAGCAUCACCAGCAACACCAGCUGGGGCUGCCGGUAGAGGCGGGAAGUGGAGGCGGCUGCGACGGGCUGGGACUCCCCUACCCAGAGCAGUCGCCCUACGCCGGCGGAACCUUCCACUACCGGGACUGCGCGCCUCUCCCGCUGCCGACCUUAGGCGCCCAUUUCGGGAGCUACAACCUGCCCACCCCGGAGCCCGAGUCUCAGAGCGGCGCCUGCGCAGAGCCUGCAUUUUUCCCACCGCCGCCUCAACAGUCGGAGGAAGGGGGCUGCCUGUUGGGGCCCUACGGCUACCCGACGCCGCCCGGGUCCGAGUAUCCCUGCAACGGCGCCCCUGCCGGCAACAGCAGCAGCGCUAGCGUCGGGCUCUUCCGUGGCCGCUUCGGGGGUCCCUUGGCAACCUAUUCCUCCUCGCAUGCUCAGGAUGCCGCGCAGCAGCAGUCCUGCCGCCGAGGGGAUGCUGCCGUCGGCCUUGAGCACCUGCCCCCGCACGACGUGGAGCUACUGGCCGACGUGGACCGGGCCGAGUUCGAGCAGUACCUGCCCUUCGGCUGCCGGCCCGCCGAACUGGGCGCCCCCUACACGGGCCACGAAGGGUCUGAGGCUAACGCUGCCGCCGCCGCGGCCGCCGCCGCAGCUUACUACUGCGCAACUGCGGGAGGAGGCGGAGCCUAUCCGGAGCUGUGAGACUGUAGACUUGGAGGGAGGAUGGAUGGCGUGGCCUCCUUGGUUCUAUUUAUUGUAACUUAUUGACUGAAAACUUUUUAAAGACCAGUUCUGGAGACUUUGAACGGGAAGAAGAAGAAAAGACCCGCCCGAAGCCUUCGUUGCCUCUUUUUCUUCCUUGUAAUCGAAAGUCUCCAUGUUAGACAGAGCCUGUGAACUUGAAGCUGUCUUUGUGGGCAGCUCGCUCGGCGGUUUCGAACUUGCAGCGUCUUUCAAGGGGUCUUGUACAGAAUGGCGUUUGACUUCAGUACCCCAGUAAAAAGUUGACUUGGAAACAGCUUGGCAAUAAAAUAAACUCAGGUGGUUAUGGA